UCGUCGCCUACAAUAAAUGGUCUGUCGGCUGCACGGAGAGCGUAAAGUUCAAGAAAGCUGCGAAAGUGUCGGGGGCCUCCAAGCGAGCAAGCAGGGAAGUCGAGAAAGAAAGCGGCAAUCGUUGGCUUCAUGCAGGCCACUCUUUCCAAGCAGCCAACCCGACCGCAGUUCAUCGUUUGACACCGACGAAGACAGCACGAAUGGAUACCAUGCGUCAAAACUACGGCGCCAUCUGCGGCGAGACUCCGACCGACCCUUCGACGGACUGGCUGGAACGUUUCCGGAGAGAGCGUCGGAAACGAAAGAACAUGAAGUAUUGCUACAAGGGCCUUCCAUCACUAGAAGCCGCGGGCUACCAGAGCAUCAAGGAACCCCUUCCAGGUGCAGAAGACGCAAUGGUCGAACCGAACAACGUGCACGGCAACCACAACCACGAACCGGUGCAAGGCGUAGAGGCAUUAUCGAGGACAAACAGCAGUGCCGUCGAAGACCUUCACAGAGACAAACUCCUGAGUGGUUUGUUCAGAGACGCGGACACCACGAUGAACGGCAGCGACGAGAUCUGUAACGGGUUAAUGACGGUGAAUCACCCAGAACUGCGAAGUGCUCCGCUCGUCCUGGUGUUUUCGUCUUUGUAUGCCAUAGUGCUACACGUGACCUUCAUGGCGACGUCCUGGUGGUUGGUGCACGAAUACUUUUUGUCUGGAUGCCAGUUCAAGGCGGCCACGACGCUCUUCUUGUCGUUGCUGUCCAGCCUGCCGUUGUUCAUCAACGGUAUAAUCCGUCUGCUGGGCAGGGAGAACUGGCCGACCUAUAUUCUGUCCCUGGUCCUGCACGUCCUUGCGGCAGGCAUCUUCAACAUGGUACCUCUUCUGCAGCUGAUCCUGCGCCUCGGGGACUCCAUCUGGCUGUACCGCAGCCGGGGCCGGCAGGACCAGGCAGCACUGCUCAAGCGGCACGACCGAUUCACCUUCGCCAACGUCAUGUUUGUGGUGACCCUGAGCUGCUUUCCACAGGCGGUCUUUCAGACUUCGGAGACCCUCAAGCUGCUCUUCGCCAACGGGGCCCUCCAAGGACCAAUCUAUCUGCAAGCGGUCAACACUCUAUCCGCGAUCCUGCUCACGGGCUUCGGCUGCAUCAAGUUCGAGGAACGACCCCAAAAGACCCCGUACGAAGCCGCCACGGCACGGCGGGCCGCCAAGGCCCUCGCAGAACACGGCGCCUGGCUCCUCGUCAUGAGCGCGCGAACACUCUCCCUGGCCAUCCUGCUCGCCAAGGCGCCCGAGCCGUCCCACGUCAUCGCCGUUUUCUUCGGAAUCACCGUCAUGAUGGAGUUCCUACGGGCCCGGAGGUCCGGCCAACUGAAGCCGCCGAUAAAACUCCGCUACUUUGUGGACACCUUGUCCCGGGCGGUCGUGGUCAUGUUCUUUAGGCUUCGAGACCGCAACAACCCUCCCGCGCUCAAGUUGUACGUCGUGUUCCUGAUCACGCAGUUCACGCAGAGUCUGUUCAGCAUACUCCUCCCAUUUUUCCAGGAGUACGGACUGAACAUCACAAGCGAGGAGUUUAAUGCGUACUACUUUCCAAGCUUUGCCACGUGCAUCUGGGUGCACUACGGCCUCCUGGUUCCUGGAGGCGCCGCUCUGAUCGUGUGGUUCAGGUUGGAGAAGUCGAUGGAGUGUUCUCCGUACGCGACCAUCUGAAGAUACCUUGUGAGCCUUGUUUGCUGUCGAUGUUACGUUUCGUCAUGCCACCAGCUUUUGGCGACGGAGUCGGCUAUGGACCCUUCAGCUGAAUUGCUUCCGAGUGCUCGCGCAUACUUGAUUAUUUUCUUUUUGUUGAAAUAUCACAUGUAAAUAAUGCAGUUGUUCAAUGAAUAAAAUUGCCAAAGCUUCGA